AUGGUGCAUAGACCGGCUGUAUCUGGUGUCCCGGCUGUCGAAGGGAGUUCUUCAUGGUUUGGAGGGGAUGGUUACGCUAGGCCGCUUGUUCUCAGACCUGCUGUACCCGGUGUCAUGGAUACUGAAGGGGCUUCUUCACAGGUCAUGUGCGGCAAUCGUACUAAGCCGCUUGUUCUCAGGCCAGCUGCACAUGGUGUCCCUGUUGUCAAAGACACUUCUCCACAAGUCGUACAGAAAACCCGUACUAAGUCACUUGUUCAUAGACCUGCUCUACUCAAAAAUCCCAGACGGCACAAUCUUGCAGAACAGGCGCGAAUCGUGCAACUACAAUCCACGCUUCCGCAUCGACCUCGAGUAACUGACAAGUCUCGCGAUUCAAGACGCAGGUUUAAAGAGGCUGUGAGGAAGCGGACAGAACGCAAGAGAGAGCGUGAAGAAAGGGAGAGACGGGAUGAGAGAAAGAAACUCGGCGAAAGCCGAGGAAGUGAUCAAUAUGAAAAUUCACAUUGCCAGAUCGAUCCUGCGAUCAUCAAACAAGAAAUCCAGGACAUACAUGCAGAUCUUUCUCGCGCGUUUGGUAAUGAUGAACACGAAACGCUUCAGGCAUGUAAUCCGCCUAAUACUGAGUGGCACGAGAUCAUCCCGAUUUCAGAAACCAAAAUGUCGACUGAUACACUAAUCUCAGUCCUUGUUGCCAAAAUCAUGAAAGAAAGACAACAUGUAGAUGAGGUGAAGAAUUUUGUUAACAAGAAGCAUACCCUUGAAGAAUGGCAGAAUUGGGGUAAAAUUCUAGCGGAGCGAAUGGAUAAGGAGAAAAGAAACUGGGAAGAGUACAGAGAGAUGAGGAGGAAAGAAGAGUCGAGGGAUCUCGGAGGCCCAAAAUUCGAUCCAUCAAUGAGGGGAGAAUGGGCAUGGGAGCCUCUUUCAAUCCAGUCGGUUUACGGUUGGCUGGACAAGCUUGACAAGAUUCUUGAAGAAGCCGAGAAUCGUUCACUCGAGACUCAUUGCGAAUCGAAGGAAGUUGAGAGGGAAAGUGUGGAGCAGAGGGCGGCGAAGCGCGAGAAAACAGAGUUUGUAGAGAGACAUGUGCGGGCCUAUGUUGAAUCUGAUUCUGAUGAUACGUCGGCUGUGGGACCGGGAAAGCGCAAGCAAUUGCCUCUUCGACAGAAAAAAAACAGAAUAGUCACGCGCGUUGAUUGGGCUCAGUAA